AUGUUUCCCGUGCACGACCCGGUGGAGUCCCUCUUCAACUCGUUUCAGGCGGUCGAAUCUGGCUUCCGGCAGGCGGCGAAGGAUCUCGAGUCCCAGUGGUCGGCGUCCUGGAAUGGCGUCGGUCAGCUUCAUUUCUUCUGCGGCGGAAUACAUGUGCAGGAGGCGGAGAGGAGGCCGCCGAAGAAGAGGCACAGUUGGGAUGUGUCGCUUGUCGUCGAGGAGGCCGGAAGUAAAUGGUCUCCCGCUGUAUUCUAUGUCCCGAUGAAAUCCAUCCUGGGGGCCGUCGGGCGCAGAGACAACUCGCCGAAGAGAGUGCACAAGGGAGGCGAUGCGAAGGAAGACGGUGCUUCUUGCGCGGGUUGCUUGCAUUUUGCAGCUGCCUGGUCUCUCCUGGUUAACAGCUUUGUCCAGGCAUUACCGAGCCCGUUCAAGUCGUCGAAGAAGCGCCUCCAGAAACAUGUCACCCAGGAGCACACACUUUCAGAUCCUGUGAGUGCGGAGGAUAAGAAUAAGGGUGCAUCUACGAGGUGCAACGUUGAGAUUCGUUGCAAGUCUAAGAUAGAUCAACCGAAGGAAGGGGGAAUCCCGUCCCUGGAACUCUUUGUCUGUUUUUUGUUUGAGAGUCUGGGGCAGAACCUUCAGUUCUUCGAUCAGAACUCCCGGGAUGGUGAUUCUGGGAGUUCCGAGCCGGCUGCAUCGUCUUCACCAAAUCCUCAAUUUGAUCAUUUGAAGAUAAUGGCAGGUUUUGUAAAGGGAAAAACUCCUAAUGUCGACUCCUUUCUGUCGAACAUGAGGUUUGCUAGAGUGGGAGGGCCACCCGCAAGCCUCGUGGGGGUAACUAGUGCAGAGAAAGAUGAGGGUGAGGAUGGAGCUUCCACAAGCAGUAAGGAAGAACCAGAUAGCAAUUCUGCACAGAAGCUUGCCAGCGGACUGCUAAAUAUCCCUUUGUCGAAUGUCGAGCGUUUACGGUCGACACUGUCAACUGUUUCACUAGCAGAACUGGUUGAAUAUGUCCCCCAAUUGGGACGGCCCUCCCAGGAACAUCCCGAUAAGAAGAAACUCUUCUCCGUUCAGGAUUUCUUCAGGUACACAGAAUCGGAAGGUAAAUUAUGCCACCCUGAUCAUCAUCUUUUUAAGUUUACAAGAACGGAGUAGUUAUAUCUCAACCUGCUGAACUUUGGCUAUGGCUAGUUUGGACUAACACGGUGACAAGUAGUCGCCUGAAGGUCAACAUAGCUCGUCUUCCUUGCUUUCAGUCUUUUAAGGAGGGUUUUGCCCUUUUGAUGUCCACAUUUUCUACGUUUAAAGAAUCGUUUGUCAAUAGUCCUUCCUUUAAAGUGUAAUCUAUUGCUGUUUGGUUGUCAAGUAGACAUCUCCUGAGAAGGAGUAGGGUUUCCUGUUUUCCUAAUCUCUGAGCAUAAUGUUCUUGGAAAUGCAAUGUUUCUUGCAUGACAUGCUUCGGAUCUGAAACUUUGUCAUCACAGUUGGACAUCAUUCAGAGAUGGACAAUAAUUGGGUUUCCAAGUUGGGUAGGAAGGUCUAGAUGAUUUCCGUUUCUUAUGCUAUAUCAUAAUUUGUGAACAUUCAGAUAAUUAAUGGGACCGCUAGAAAUUCACAGUACAUAUGAGUUGACGCUGGGACAGCAAGUCUUAUUCUUCACUCUUCAUUUGUUCAAGGUGAUACCCAGAGAUUUUCUUUGGCCAUUGAUUCUCAGAUUAUAGAUACUUAUACACACAGAAAGGUAGAACAGAAAAGAUGAUAAAACAGAAAAAGAAAAGAAAAGUUGAGUUGAAUCAGAUGAUUAAACGAGGUCUAAUGAAAAAAGUAACAGAAAGAUAAAGCUGAAAAACAAAACAAAGGUGCUGGUAAACAAGUGCUGUUGCGGAUAGGUCAUGCUUGACCUGCAAUAAAGGCCCAUUUUCAGUCGCAAAACUUGCAUAAAUUGUGACCCAGUUUCCAGGAAAAUGCAUAGUAAUGACAUGCUGAUGAUGCAAUUUAAUUGCCAUUCACUAGUUUAUGUUGGGUCAGUAAAAUACUCUUUUUCUUCUCCGUAUGUCUCAUUACUCUUGAUCUUUGAUAUCUAUGUCGCCGAUCAUGAACUUUUCAAUCAAUUCGCUAACCUGUCAUUGCCUCUUCGAUUCAGAAGGAAAAUUGUUAGUUGUACCAUUAGAAAAUUGUGGAAUGCAAUCACUUCGAAAUUUCUGUUUCACUUUCUCAAAGACAACAAACGUGAAUAACUAGCGUUUGGAAGGUGGCGAUUUAGUGAUCAGAGAUGUGUAGUUAUCUCCUUCAAUAGAAAUGGUUAAAAGUGAUCAGUGCAAUUACACAUGUAAUGAAAUGCAAUUUUUAAAGAUGUUUAUAUGUUUCUUUUUAUCCUGUCAUCACUUCCUAUGACAGGAGCCCGGAGUCGUUGGACCUUAAUGCAUAAAUUUUGUUUGGAGGAAUCCCUCAUGUUGCUCCCAACCUGUGCUCAUGUCCACCUGCACUUCAUGCUUUGGAAUUCUUUGAAGUUUUGAAUCCUGAUGUAUGGAAUAACUAUAUGCACACAGGAAGGCGUUUCUUUGAAGAGUUAGAUAGGGAUGGUGAUGGACAAGUGACCCUUGAAGAUCUGGAAAUUGCAAUGAGAAAGAGAAAACUUCCUCCUAAAUAUGCCAGAGAAUUUUUACACCGGACUAGGAGACACUUAUUUUCAAAAUCGAUUGGAUGGAGACAAUUUUUGUCCUUAAUGGAGCAGAAGGAGCCAACCAUCCUUCGAGCCUACACAACUCUCUGUCUCAGCAAGUCAGGAACACUGCAGAAGAAUCAAAUUAUGACUUCUCUAAAAAGUGCAGGCCUGCCUGCUGAUGAAGACAAUGCCCUUGCUAUGAUGCGCUAUUUGAAUGUGGGCACUGAAGGAGCCAUAUCUUACAGCCAUUUUCGAAAUUUCAUGCUCCUCCUUCCCACUGAACGCCUUGAAGAUGAUCCUCGGUAUGAUAAUGUUUGCAUGCAAUUUGAACGACAUUAUCUCAUGUUUAGUUUCUCAUUCAAUUUUGAGAUGAAAUCGCAUUCACGAUAUUGGCAGAUCUCCAUGUGCCUCUCAUUGUUUAGAAAACCCUUUUGCAAGGUUUCCACAAGUCAUUUACAUUUUUAUGUUUGUAAGUUUUUGGUUAAUUUUACUUGGGUUAAUUUUGGUUGAUUUGAACAUACUAAAUCAAAUUCUUUAGUUUGAUUAUACAGCAGGACUCUCGUUAUCAAAGGCGUAUGAUUUGCGCAAUUUUGUGACAUUAGCAACUCUUUAUCCUGUAAACAUUCAUUUCAAAUUUUAUCUUAUUUUAUUUUUUUCUCUGAACUUUUGAGAAACUUAUACUUCAUUUAUUCACUUGAUCACUUACCAGUUAGACAUUUCACUAGAUUUAAUGUAUGGUUAUUAUCAGAUCCGCCCCACUACUCUAACAGAAAAAUCACCACCGAUCAUUGUCCUCCAAGUGUUGUUUGAAGAGGCAUUCCUUGUGUCAACAACCUAUGUCUUAAUGGAUUUGCUUGGUUAAUUGGUAAAUAUCAUUACUUUGUCUUUCAAAAAGAAAAAACCGUUGAUGAUGAAAAGUACUAUAUGUGGAGCUAAGCCAUUUUGUAACAGACUACACUGUCCAAAAGCUUGAUUGAACGGGCAUAAUGUGACAAAGUAGAUGCCCUUUUUUAAAAAAAAUUUAUGUGUGAGCAUUUGUGUCAUCCUGCAUAUAGUUAUUUAUUAUUUUGUCUACUUCAUACACACAAGAUGCUGGGUGCUCGCGAGCAUUAAGAUCUUGUAAGAAUUGUUUACCAACCGUGAAGAGGUUUUUAAAUUGUCAAGACUGAUUCUUGGCAGAAAGUCUGGUCCUAUACAUCUGUGUUCAUCAUCCAUCCUAAAUAAAUAAUUAUGAUUAUGUUGAUAGAACGAGUCUCAUGUAGAAUAAUUAGGAUAUCUUUGGAGCACACUAUUAUUUAUUUAUUUUAACGGUUCCCAUUUGUUGAACCUCUUAGUUUCAGCUCUUACCCUAUUGCCCACUCUCAGAAUUUCUGGGGAGAUUAACAGUUUCUCUGGGUUUUCUAGACCAAACCACCAAUUUAAAUCGUCACAGACCAACUACCUAUUUAGCUUCAUGGUCUUUUUGUGUCAGAGGAAAAUGGUGAUUGCAUGAAACCAUGGGGAGUUUCUUCUCCCUUUUUCAAGAUCAGUUGCCUUCUUUUUCACCUGAACUGUCUACCCUCUCGGUACUCUAUUUCCUCUGAUUAUGACGACUACAAGUCAUUGCCAUGCCAUUACCUUUCUCAUUCUCUGCUUGAUGCGUCCAAACCUUCUUAAACAGUCCUAUCAAACAUAGAAAGCCUAAUUGCUAUUUAGAGACUUUUUCUCACGCCCUGAGAAUAACAAAGCGUGAAGAAAAUUAUUCUCCUGCAGCUUUAAGAGACUGAAACCCCGGCUAUGAUUACCCCUUUGAGAAAGAUCUGCUAUCCUCAGUAUAAUUCCUCACGACUGAUUUCUCUCUGUGGCUCUGUCAACAUGGUGCUGACCAUAACAUCUUAGCUGGGUUGACUCAUAGCUGGGUUCUCUCCCUCAGAAUAUGGUCGCGUCCUUAUCCACAUUGACAUCAUAUGCGUUCAAUCUUUCAGGAGCAUCUGGUUUGAAGCGGCAACAGUCGUUGCUGUCCCCCCACCUGUGGAGAUAUCUGCAGGAAGCGUUUUGAAGUCUGCUUUGGCCGGAGGCCUCUCCUGCGCUCUAUCCACUUCCUUAAUGCACCCGAUUGACACAAUGAAGGCAAGAAUUCCUCCUUGUCUCUGCUUACUUUUAUUGUUGUUCUGCAUCUAUCUGAAUAUGUUUUUAUAGAAAUAAUAUUUUGUAUCAUGAGGAAACAAUUAGAAACAAUUAGAUGAAAAUGAUUUGUUUGAUGCGUUGACAUCCUUACAUAUGGGCAAUUAGAUCCGAGUCUUAUCAUCUCUAGUUUCUCUUGGAAUUCAGAACAUUUGACCUUUGAGCAUAUGUUGUUCACAGAAAUCAUAUCUUGACUUUCAUUUCUGUUCUUGGUUUACAUUCUAAUUUUUUUUUUUAGACGCUCUCUGAAAGUUGACUUAUCGGUUUCUGUUGAUGAAUCUUAGAUAGUCUUUACGCAUCCUAGUAACAUUAGAUUUGAUUGGAGACCCUGAUGAAGUCAGAGUUACCUCUUCAGUUGUAGUCAACCCGGAUAUGAACCAGGAUCAUUUUCUUCCUUGAUUUUGAGGCUCCGGGCAGUACUCCCUGAUCAAAUAUGGAAGAAAAUAUAGAACACUAAUUAAUAAAUAAAGAUUGACAUUUUAAUAACAGGCCCAAGUUUUAGAAAAUAUUUUGUAUCUGAUCUCAGGAGAUGGUGCUUAUGCGUGUGUGUGUUAAGUUUCUGAUGUGUUCUUCACCUGGCAGACAAGAGUACAAGCAUCCACUCUCUCAUUCCCAGAGCUCAUAUCGAAGCUCCCCCAGAUUGGGGUCCGAGGGCUGUACAGGGGUUCCAUUCCGGCCAUUCUCGGCCAAUUUUCCAGGUUUGCUUCCUCUGUUCAUGGCAAGCUUUUGGUUUCUUGUGAUCCUGUGCUCAUUUCUCUCCUCUGUGCUCGCAGCCAUGGCCUGCGCACGGGUAUCUUCGAAGUGAGCAAACUCGUGCUAGUAAAUGUUGCACCCACACUCGCGGAAAUUCAGGUGAAACCCAGAUGCAGAUUCUCCUGAUAAUCUUUCUGCUCUUUUAUUUUCAUUAAUUAAUCGAUGGUAAUCGCAAAUCGAGAGCAGCGAGAACACAAAAUGUUGAUUUUUUUCUCUCAGAGUUGACAAAAUGUGGGGCUUUCUUCCGGAAGAACACACAGAAAUAAACGGAUGAUGGAAUGUUUCUACUGAUUUUUCCUUCUUUUAACUCUCCUCCGGACUGACAUUAACAGACUGAUGAUUCCGCAUUCUUCCACAGUAGAGAGAGAGAGAGAGAGAGAGAGAGAGAGAGAGAGAGAGAGAGAGAGAGAGAGAGAGAGAGAGAUUUAGAAAGAUGAAGCUUGGAUGAAACCCUGGCGCUGCGUCUUGCAGGUCCAGUCUCUGGCCUCCUUCUGCAGCACGAUCCUGGGGACGGCGGUGAGAAUCCCCUGCGAGGUCCUCAAGCAGCGUCUCCAGGCGGGGAUCUUCGACAACGUGGGGGAGGCGCUCGUGGGCACCUUCCAGCAGGAUGGCUUCCGCGGCUUCUUCCGCGGCACCGGCGCCACCCUCUGCCGCGAGGUCCCCUUCUACGUCGCCGGCAUGGGCCUCUACGCCGAGGCCAAGAAGGUACCCCUCCAUCCAUCAAUCCAUCAAUCAAUCGAUCGAUCGUUCCCCAAUCCCUGCGAAGAAACAAACCCUAACAGAUACUCAUCUCUCUCAGAUUUCUGUUCUAUUUCGUUCUGUAAACAGACGCAGAUGCUCUCAUCUCUUCUCUGAUUUCUCUUCUGAUCUGAUCUCUCUCGGAUUCUGCGUUCCAGGUUGCGCAGAAGGUGCUGAAGAGGGAUCUGCAGCCGUGGGAGACGGUGGCGGUGGGGGCGCUGUCGGGGGGGCUGGCGGCGGUGGUGACGACGCCGUUCGACGUGAUGAAGACGAGGAUGAUGACGGCGCCGCAGGGGAUGAGGAUGUCGAUGUCGGUGGUGGCCUUCUCUAUCCUCCGCAACGAGGGCCCCCUGGGGCUCUUUAAGGGCGCCGUCCCCAGGUUCUUCUGGAUCGCGCCCCUCGGCGCCAUGAACUUCGCCGGAUACGAGCUCGCCAGGAAGGCCAUGGACGACAAGGCCAGGGAACCCCGCGAAGAGGAGAGGGAAGGCGGCGGUGGAGUCCCCAAUUGA